UUGCGCCUUCCGGGAUACCGUAGUUCGGUGUUUCAGCCUUUCGCGUAGGACAAAAACAUGGCUGCUGACAGCGUUUUAGAAAGUGAAGGGGAGAACAUUUUGUAUGAUUUACUAAUAAAUACGGAAUGGCCACCAGAGACCGACACUCAGCUGAGGGGAAACAAGGAGCACAGCACGUCUGUUCUUGCAAAGGCAGUGACUGGGCCAUUUAGGUUGCUCCUUCACUACCUCUGGUACAGGCCUUCCAGCUCCUCUCUGCCCCAGGGACUUAUUAGACUUGUAAGCAAACAGAUUAACUGGCAGCUUGUCCUGGCAAGUAAUGGGAAACUACUAGCAGUUCUUCAAGACCAGUGUAUAGAAAUCAGGUCAGCGAGAGACGACUUUGGUUCGGUCAUAGGAAAAUGUCAAGUGCCUAAGGACCCCAGCCCACUGUGGAGAAGGGUGGCCUGGAGCCAGGACUGCACCCUGCUGGCAUACGCUGACAGCACUGGCACUGUGCGCCUCUUCGAUCUGAUGGGCAGUGAACUCUUCGUCAUUCCCCCUGCGGCCAGCUUCCCUGGAGAUUUCAGCUAUGCGGUGGCAGGGCUUAUCUUUAUGGAGUACACCAGUAGUGCCCAGUGGUCUGCCGAGCUUCUCGUCGUCACCUAUAGGGGGCACCUCAAGAGUUACCUGGUCAGUGUUGGAACCAACCAGAGCUUCCAGGAGAACUACAGCUUCAGCUUUGCUACACACUACAGUCAUGGCAUCACUGCUGUCGUCUACCAUCCCGGGCAUCGGUUGUUGCUGGUGGGUGGUUGCGAAGGGGGGGAUGGUGAUGCCUCCAGAGCCACUCGCUGUGGCCUCACGGCCUGGAGGGCCCUGUCAGGGUCACCGCACUACAAGCAGGUGACGAGCUCUGAGGAUGACGUGGGCUCGGCUCAGAGAAGAGGCCUUUUCAGGUUACCCAGCUUUCGGCUCUUUGCACGACAGGCCAACGAGAAGGACGGCGUCUUCCGGAUGAGCCUGUCGCCCGACAGCGCGCUCCUGGCGGUCAUUCACUUCUCGGGCCUCCUCACUUUCUGGGCCGUCCCGUCGCUCCGGCAGCUCGGCAGCUGGAUGCAGGAAGCCCAGCCCGGAUUUGACGAGAUCAACCCGGAGUGGAAGAACUCGCUGGAGAAGAGGAAGAAAAUAAAAGACAAGGAGCAGUACUACCCCCUGGUGGACGUGAACUGGUGGAGCGAGAACGCCGUGAUCCUGGCCCGUUGCUCGGGCUCGCUGACCGUGUCGUCCGUGCACAGCCUGCGCAACCUGCUGGGCCAGUCGUGCGAGUGGUUCGAGCCGUCGCCAAUGGUCACCGCCGCCCACGAUGGUGGCUUGCUUAGCCUGGAGUGCGAGACCAAACUGGCGCACAAGCGACCCCGGCCAGAGGACGAGGGAGGGGCCGCCGAUGACGACUCUGGCUCCGAGGAUGAGGGCUCCGCCCGCGCCCGCUACCUCGGCUACGUCCAGCGGGGCCUCUACUACGUGACGGAGAUGGAGCGAUUUGCUCCUCCGCGGAAACGACCCCGCGCCGUCGUCAAGAACUACCGGCUGGUCAGCCUGCGAUCCACCACGCCGGAGGAGCUGUACCAGCGGAAGAUCGACAGCGAGGAGUAUGGCGAGGCUCUGUCCCUGGCACAGGCCUACGGCCUCGACUCGGACCUCGUGUAUCAGCGGCAGUGGAGGAAGUCAACCGUCAGCAUCGCCUCCAUCCAGGACUAUCUGAGCAAGAUCCGGAAGCGCUCCUGGGUGCUGCACGAGUGCGUGGAGCGGGUGCCUGAGAACGUGGAUGCGGCCCGCGAGCUGCUGCAGUACGGCCUGAAGGGCACCGACCUGGAGGCACUCAUCGCCAUUGGCAGCGGCGAGGAUGGCGGCAGAUUCAUCUUGGCGGGCGACGUGGACGCAGAGGACGCUCCCUAUGAGGAUUUUCUCUCGCCGGCUGAGGAGCUCCGCAAGAGGAAGGAGGGGGAGGCCAAGAGGAGGCAGGAGCUGCUGAAGAAGGUGGAUUUCCGCAGGUUGACACUGGAGCAGAAGGAGCUCUGCAGGAACCGGCUGAAGCUCUUGUCUUACCUGGAUCGCCUAGCAACCUACGAGGAGAUCCUGGGUGGGCCGCAUGCUGCCGAGCAGAGAUACGACGCAGAGUUCUUCAGAACGUUCCGGAAUCAGAAUAUCGUGCUGUCUGCAAGGAUGUACGCCAGGGAGAGCAAUGUGCAGGCCUUGGACAUCCUCUUCACCUACCACGGUGCCGAACUUCUGGAGCACCGCCUGGCCAUCCUGUACAACUUCCCCGAGACCAGCUCUCCCCACGAAUACAUGGUCCUCCUUCCUGAAGCUUGCCUGGACGAGGCUGGUCACCUGGUGCUGAUUCCGUGGGACGAACGACGGCACCGGGAGCAAGACUGGUGUGAACAGCGGGAGUGCAGGAUGGCGGUGGACCCCGAGCUACACAGUGGGGACGGCUUCCUGUAUGAGGAGCAGCCAGAUCUCCUCCGCUUCCGCACAGCCAUGCCUUCCAUCACGCUUCUGACUGACUGGUACCUGAAGCGGGCCGAGGACAUUGAUGACUACUCCCGACAGGUGGACUGCGCCUUGUCGCUGGUGCGUCUGGGGAGGGAGCGGAACAUCCCGGGCCUGGAGGGGCUGUGUGACGACCUGGUAACCCUGGAGACGCUGGUGUACGAGGCUUCCUGCGAGCCGAACCUCUCGCUCAAGGAGCUGCAGCAGCUGGCGGACAUCGACAAGCUCAGGCUGCUGCUGAAUGGCUCCUCUGAGGAGCGGUAUGUGAAGAAUUUGUACCAGUGGGCGGUCCCCUUCCUGCACCGCUGCGAGGGGCGAGCCCCUGGCUCUGCUGACGGCCUCCUGAGGGAGUACCUGGUCAGCCUGUCCAAGGAGGACCUCACCCUCCCUCUCAAAAUAUUCCAGCACUCCAAGCCUGAUUGCCAGCAGAAGAUCAUCGGAGAUCACGACCAGCUGAUGUCCGUUGCCCUGGAGUGCAUCUACAGCUGCGAGCGAGAUGAUCAGCUCUCCCUGUGUUACGACGUGCUGGAGUGUCUUCCACAGCGAGGCUAUGGGUCAGAAACGAAGGUCACCAGGGUCCUCCACGACCAGGUGGACAAGCUGGAGAAACACCUCAGUGUGGUGGAGGUGCUGGAGAAGCACGGCCUGCAGAAGCCCGUCUCCUUCGUGAAGAGCAGCGAGAGUAGUCGAGAAGAAGCCCACCAGCUGAUGGUGAAACUCACCCGACAUGUGGGACGCAAGAGUCCACCAGUAAGCGAGAACCUGUGGAAGGGGCUGCUUCAAGAUCUGCUGGACAUGCAGAAAAGUGUUUACACGUGUCUGGAUGGUGACACCUGCCUGCAGGUCUUCACAGAGAGCCUGCUGUGCUCCAGUCGGCUGGAGGGCAUCCGAUUGGCCGGCCAUCUCCUGCAGCGCAGCUCCACCUUGCCAGAACCUGCCGCCUGUCCUGCAGCUUCCAAGGGUCCACUCAACCCCUCCAGGGUGCCUUACCAGAAAAGCAUGGAGUUGGUCCUGGCAGCAGCCCACGAAUACUUUAACUCCUCUACCGCCCUUAGCGACAGCUGCAUGAGCCUGGCACGGGCCUGUUUACAGCUGAUCAGCGAUUGCCCACCUCUCAUCCAGGAAGAGUUGGACUUGAUCAGAGCCCUCAGCCAGCUGGAGGACUUUGAUGUGAAAAUACUCCCCUUGCAAGUCCGCCUGCGGUCCGACCGGCUGACUCUCAUCCAGGAGUGCAUCGCCCACUGCCCCACGGCCUACAAACAAGCCUCGCUCCUGCUGGACCUGGCUGGCUUGCUGCGAGUGGCAGGUGAGGACGAGCCCAAACGCAGGGGCCAGGUGCUGACCCUGCUGGCAGAGCAGGCCCUUCAGUGCCACGACUACAAAGUCGCCUACAUCCACUGCCAGGACCUCAUGGCCACAGGUUACGCCCCAGGAUGGCACGUUUGCAGCCAGCUCGGCGAGUGCGAGGGCUACCGUGACCUGACAGCGCGCCGCGAGCUCAUGGCUUUCGCCCUCACGCACUGUCCGCCCGUGGAAAUCCAGGCCCUGCUGGCGGCCAGCAGCUUCCUGCACACCCAGAUCCUCUACCAGGCCGUGAAUUACCAGAUUGACCCACACGGCAAUGGGCCACACAGUCCUGGCUCAGCCCUGGAACCACCCACUGAACGCCAACAGGCCGACACGCUAGCUGCCGGCACAAGCCGCCACUCACAGCUGCUGCACAGGAGCACCGCUAAGACCAUGGAGGUCCUCUCGAACCCUGGACUGACCACCAAAGCCAUGCUGCAGGCUGUGGGCGACUCGCAGUGGUGGAGAACAUCCAUCAGCUACCUGCGGCCCCUGCAUGGUCAAGGACCUGCCGACUCGGCACUGAAGGCCUCGUCUGCAGAAAACAGAGAUUUGGAAGGACAGGGCUGUCACCCAUUCUAUCAGUCACUGUUCGAGAAUCCCUAUAUCGACAAAAGUGAGGAAAUGUACACGUCAUACGAUAGCGUUUCCACGGAGGACUUUGCCGAGGUUUUGCUGCGCACCGGGAAGCUGGCCGAAACAAAGAGCGAAGGAGAAAACGUGUUUCCUGCCACAGAAGUUCUCCUCCAGCUGGCCGGCGAUGCUCUAUCCAAGGACACGACGCUGGCGUUGGCCUACCUGCUCGCCCUGCCUCAGGUCCUGGACGCCAACAAGUGUUUUGAGAAGCUUCCUCCAUCCGCACUAUCGCUACAGCUGGCCGCAUAUUAUUACGCCUUGCAAAUAUAUUCACGACUGGCUCCCUGCUUCAAGGACAAGUGUCACGCACUAUACCGGGUUGACCCCAGAGAGCUGAUCCAACUGGUUACCAAGCAUGUGAUCGACCAUGACACAGUGGCCUGGCCCGAGGAACUGGAGAAGCUGAUUGGCCAGCUGCACCUGUACAAUGAACGUCUGACCGACUUCACCCAAGCGCAGAUCCUGCAGGGCCUGGGCCGCGGUGUGGAUGUGCAGAGAUUCUCCGCCGACAGCAAGUAUAAGAAGGAGACCAUCCUGGGCCUGGCCGAGACCCUGGAAGAAAAUGUAUACAGGAUAUCCCUGUCCCUCGCCCAACGGUACAACAUCCCACUUUGGGAGGUCUACAUGACCCAUAUGGAGUUCCUCUUCACAGACAGCGGUCUGUCGACGAAGGACAUCGAGAAUCGGAACAAAGUGCUGGGUCUCUUUGAGGUGCUGAAGAACGAUCCGGAUGCUUUCCACAGCCACAUGACCAAGUACGUGUACCCCAGCAUCAAAGGCACGGACCUGGGCCGCAUGCUUUACUACUACAGCCUGCUUGAGGCCUGUGGCAUCAGCCAUACAACUGGGGCAGCUGUCAAACCAGCGGAUCACAUCAAGCUGUUGAAGAAGCUGAAGGCGGUGGCUGUAGGGUUGGACUACAGGAAGAUGAUGGACGAGGACUCGGACCCUCUGGAUGCACUGGAGCCGGUGCUGAGUAGCCAGAACGUCCUGUCCAUCUCCAAGCUGACGGCAAGGCUGCCCCUGAGAGAGGGGGUCGCGGUGUCCCCCAGCCGGGUCCACGCAACAUGGCUGCGUAAGCUGUUUUGGAACGGGGAUCCCCAGGUCCUGCGGAAGCCACCGCAAACAGACUCAGAUUUCCUUCAUGCCUACGAUGCCUGCGCCAAGUACUUUGAGCGGCUGCUCCCCGUGGAUGCUGUGGCCUUCGUGGACGGCGUGACCUUCUCUCCGGAGGCGGUGGAGCGGCUCAGCAUCGACACCAGGUCGGAGGUGACGAAGCGGGCCCUGAAAGCCGCCCGGCAGCUGAGUGAGAAGGCGAGGAGGCGCGGCGCCGACGAGGACGAGGCGUGUGGUGGCGGCAGCUUUGACGACGCCCUGAUCCACCUGCAGCGGUCGCUGGCUCACCUGGACACGCUCAAGCACGGCUUCCUACAGACGCUGCAGGACAGCGGCCAGGAGCGACUGCAGAAGUACUGCUAUAUGUACGACCUGUCCAGGUCGGAGGAGGAGAAGAUCCGCGAGAUGGCAGUCGCCAUGGUGACGGAUGGACAGCCACUGGACCGCAUGCGACAGCUGCUCGCCGUGGCAGUGGGGCCUUCAGACGUCGCCCCCGGACGGGUUGUCCAAGAAGCCAUCGAGAGAGCUGUGUCGGUGCUGAGAGGAGACGAUGCAGCUCUGAUAGAUGGCCAGGACCCAAUGGACGUCCUCAGAGGGAUUGUUACGUCUGUACGUGCUGAUGUCCAAUCAGGCGGCGGCCUGGUCUCCUCGGACGACCUCCUAGGCUGGCUGCGGCCCUUCUGCGCAGACGCCUCCAUGUCAGUCCGGCCGCGUAUCCAGGUGCUCCAGGUGCUGGAGCGGGAAUUCCCCCUGAGCGAACAGGAUGCUCAGCUGCUGCUGCUUUUCCGGAGCCAGACCGUACUGAAGUCCUGCUGGCCGGACAAACAGCUGGAGAUGGACGAUGUGGAGAGUGAGGAGAUGCGCCGGGCGCUCUUCGAGGAACUGCUGGCAGUCAGCAGCAGGUGGGAGGAGAUGCAGCACCUGGCUCUGCUCCUCCAGGCUUGGCCUCCCAUCACGAGUGACACCCAUGCCUGCUCUGCAGAGGACCCCUGGGUGAAGCUGGCUGCCGCCAUGAUGUCGCUCGGCAACGGCGGUACGGAGCACGGCCUUGGCAACGAGCUGCUGAGCAUGUGCCGCUCCCUGCGUGGGACCAAGCACCAGCUGCCCCCGGAGUGCAUACGCAAGAUAUCAGCCCUGAUCCAGGAUCGUCCUGGCUGCCUCCUCCCGGCCCUGAAGCUGCUGACGGAAAGUCGUGACGUGCAGCUGCAGAAGCAGGCGCUGGAGCAGGUAGCCGCCAUGACUGAGGUGAAUGAGUCGAACUGCGACCCCGAGCUGCUAUCGCUGCUGCUGGAUGCCGACAUGCUGACCGAGUGCUUUGGGAGCUCCCUGUACCCGCGCCUGGUCGACCACCUCCUGAUGCACCACAGGGAGAACGGCUGGGACGUGGAGGCAGCGGCCCGCAGGAUGGUAGCUGCCGGCCACGUCAGCGAGGGGGGGUCUCUGCUUCUGGCUCACCGAGGGACGCACCCGGGUUUGGUCACCUUCAAUGCAGCCCUCGCCGUCGCCCCCCGGUGGCUGUGAGCGAGGGGGACGGAGAAUAAUCAGAAUCAACUGCCCCUUUUAUUGGCUUCUCCUUCAGUCAGAGAUGGCCAUAGUACCCCUAUUGUGACCGUGUCCGUCUUGAUUUCUUUGUCGUUGCCCUGUAUGUAACAAAGUGUUUAAUUAUCAUCAAGGACAAAAGUUAAUGGAACUCAAGAUUACUGCUGUUUAAUUUACGUAAAAUGAAAGCUUCUCCGUGGAUCAAUUACGAACAAACAAGGUUUGCUUGGGCUGUUUUCUUCUUGCUUUAGCUGAAAAUGAGUCCCUGGAGGCCCUUGCUGCUGAAUAAUUACUUAAAUACCCACGGUGGCAACGCUUCUGACUUGGCAGACAAAGACAUGGCACAAUUGUUCAUUUGCAUUGUCUCUCUCUCCCUCAUGAACCAGACAGUUGUGGUUCUGGGUUACCAAUUACUUCCUGCGGUGAAAAUUAAAAGGUACACUGACACGACUUCCAAA